AUGCUGAACAAGACCGUGGAGCUGAAUGUCGACUGCCAGGAUUCGGUUGGAUGCACACCUUUGUUUUACGCGGUUGAACUUGGGCACCUGUCAUGCGUGAAGAUACUGCUUGACAGCGGCGCUUCGCCGAAUCUCCAGGACAAGAACCUUCGCACGGCCGCCCACCACGGCGCUUGUAAGGGGCAGUUGAAAUGCCUGAUGCUGCUCAGGAAGUACGGUGUCAGUUUCGACAUGGAGAACUCCAUAGGCGAGCUCGUCUUACACGAAGCCGUACGUUCCGGCAGUACAGAACUUGUCGAUUGGUUACUGCACACGUACGACAACGUAAAUGUGUACAAUCGAAGUGGGCGAUCAGCUUUGCACAUCGCUGUCAAGCAAGUGAAAAUGCCAAUCAGCACAACGGACAGCGACGUGCAAACCGACAGUCCGGCUUUCGAACAUGUCAGCAUAGACGCCACCCUAGACGAGGACCCACAUAAGACGUUUCGGCUGGAAAACUGUAAAGACCAAUCAAAUCAGACAGUGGCGACGGAAAACAAAGAUGAAGAGGUUAGCUGCAACCUCACCAAAGACGACGGAAAUGAUAUGGGGCUUGUUGAGGAGGAAAGGAGUUUGGAAGCUCGAGAGGCGAUCCUGGAAGCAGAGGAGAAAGAGAACUUCGACGAAAGAUCAAAAGGCGAAUUGGCGUUGUCAGCGUCCUCAGUGUCCGUUGAAAAGCCGGUGUCACAUGAAGAGCUGGUUCAGAAUUCCGAAGACCUGAGAAAUCUGAUCGACCGGUUUUACCCAAAGGAGCAACACCAGGCAAUCAACGAGUCACUAAUCAACGAAAUAUACGUUUCUCAGUGUCUGUCUGCUGAGAAGCAGUUUAGCGAGGAAAAUGAGGGACUGUCUACAAGCGAAGCUGAUGUAGACGAAUUCGGCCUGCGGAGACGAACCAGGAAACUGAGGUUUAAGGAACCUGUGAUCGAAACCCUAGAAUUCACCAGAAACGACGAUAUUGAGUCACACACUUCCGCUGAGCUGUUCAAUCUGAAGCAUCUGCAAAUACAGUACGGCAACGUUCAGGAAAGCACGCUGGUGCGACAGAUAUCUGACGAAUUUUUCAAAUCCAUCCAGAAAUCAAAGCCGGCUUCGUUCAAAAUCCGAACGUUUCGAGAAUGGGAAAACUUCCUUUAUAGUAAGUGA